AUGACGAAGAGGAAGGUCAUUCCUUUCCUCGCCUUCGCUGCGACUGUUUCUAUCUUUCUCUUCUUCUCUAGCGCGACAGUCCAUAGGACAUGGAACGGGUUACCGCAGCACAUAGGGCUAGGAGCGCACAUAGGGAACAGCCAUGCGCAUGAGGUAUCCGCAAGCGGCAGCCAGCAGGAGCCAGACUAUGCCAACUGGAACCCCAGACCGGACUUCAAAGCUGGUUCAGCCUUACCAGCAGGGCACAACUACACAUCUACACUUGUGAUCGCGCGCACGAAAGAGGAGGAUAUGGAUUGGUUGCAGCACGAGAUUCCCGACCAACAAACAGCUAUCUAUGUCGUAGACGACCCUUCAGCACCACUCCACCCACCCAAAAACAAAGGUCAUGAGGUCAUGGUUUAUCUGACCUACAUAAUCGACCAUUACGACAACCUCUCCGACAUUUCGAUAUUUACGCACGCCCACCGCUAUGCAUGGCAUAAUGAUGAAUACCUUGGCAGCGACGCUGCAAACAUGAUCUCGCGCUUGUCCCACCCGCGCGUCUGGCGUGAAGGGUUUGUCAACCUGCGCUGUAGCUGGUAUCCCGGGUGUCCGGAUUGGAUGCAUCCAGGCGAGACUGUGCAAAACGAUUUCAAGCAAGAGGAGGUUCUGCUCGCCAAAUCAUGGUCAGAGUUGUUCCCGCUCGAUAAGGUCCCGAGCGUGCUUGCGCAACCGUGCUGUGCGCAGUUUGCGCUGAGCAGGGAACGGAUUCAGGCAAAGAGCCAUGCGCAGUAUGUCUGGUACAGGGAGUGGUUGUUCCAAACGAAGAUUCCGGAUGAACUCUCCGGUCGCAUUUGGGAGUAUGUGUGGCAAUUUGUCUUUACUGGAGAAAGCGUCUUAUGUCCCAGUGAAAGCGUCUGCUUCUGCGAUCAGUACGGUACAUGUUUUGGUGGCAGCGAAGAGUUUGAUGAUUUCAAGAGUUUGAAGAAUGAACUAAAGGAUCGCGAGAAGGAUUUGAGGGAUUGGGAAAAUAAGGGAAAGGACAUCGAAAAACUGGAGAAACCAGAGCCGGGGAAGGACAGGAAGUAUCGAGCCGAGAUCGAUCGAUUACGGCCAAUUGUGGACAGACUGCUGUCUGAGGCGGAGGCGAGAGGGAAAGAUCCCAAGAACAGAGCGAAAGAGGCGGGGAGAGAGUGGCACGAGGGCGAUGGUUUUUGA